CAUCGUAACAGCAACAACUAAUCCAACAUGGCAGGCAGCAGUCCCCCAAAGAGCAGCAGCCCAAAGAGCCGAUCUCCCGCAUCGCCGAGGUCGCCUCAAUCCCCAGAGGCUGCUGCCCAAUCACUCGAGCAGGCCCAAGCGGGCGUGAUCGAGGUUGAUGAGGAGGCUGGCGAGGAGGAUCCAACCCUUGGAUCCGACGCCGAGAGCUCUACCGCUUCCCUCUCGUCGAGUAUUCUUGAUUACCGCACCAUCAACGGCAGGACAUACCACAGCGACAGGGGAAACGCUCAAUACUGGGGCGCCAACGAUGAACGACAAAGCGAAGCUAUGGAUAUUGGCCACCACAUGUGGACCUUGUCCCAGGAUGGAGCACUUCACUUGGCUCCUUUGAAAGAUGAUAUCCAAAAAGCACUUGAUAUUGGAACAGGAACUGGUAUAUGGGCCAUCGACUUUGCCGACGAGUACCCCCAGUGCGAAGUCAUCGGCACCGACGUCUCCCCUAUCCAGCCUGGCUGGGUCCCGCCAAACUGCAAGUUCGAGAUCGAAGAUUGCAACCAAGAGUGGACAUUCGACUCGGAUUCUUUCGACUACGUUCACUUCCGCUACCUGAUCGGAUGCAUCCCCGACUGGCCAGCGCUGUUCAAGCAGGCAUAUCGGGUCCUCAAGCCAGGUGGUUGGAUCGAGAGUUUCGAAGUCUCGCCAACCGUCACGAGUGACGACAACACGGUUGGGCCGGAUUCUGCCCUGGCCCAAUGGGAUAAGCUGUUUAUCGAUGCUUCAAAGAAGAUUGGAAACAGCUUCACCGUGGUUGCUGAUAAUAUCCAAAAGCCUGCUAUCGAAGAGGCUGGAUUUGUCAACAUCAAGGAGUGGAACGGCAAAUGUCCCCUGAGUCCUUGGCCCAAGGACCCCAAGCUAAAGGAGAUAGGCCGUUUCGGUCAAGUCUUUGGCACUCAAGACCCUGAAGGCUUCGUAAACUUUGUCACCACCCUCCUGGGCUGGUCGUCGGACGAGGUCCACGUCUACCUCGCCCGUUUCAGAAGCGAGCUGCGAAACCUAAAGCAUCACCCGUACGUCCUUCUCAAGACGGUUUGGGCACAGAAGCCGCUGGACGCUGAGCCGCCCACGACCGAGCAGGCCUAGAUGGGGUGAGAAAUUCACUGGGGAGUGGGGGUGUUUUCUGAGCAUGUGCCGAAAUUUGGCAUCCUGGAGAGGCAAAGUUGACUUUCAUGUUUCGUUAUUCUCCUAGAGAUCGAUCUUGUAGCGAGGCUUUUGAGAAUUUCCUGCGUUUUUACCACCAUAUACUUGUCUACCUGUUUUAUGUCCCGCAUAGGUUGCUCUACAUUGUCUUGUUUCCUCUGUUCCAGAUAAUUUACACUUUUUCAUCGGUUAG